AUGCUAUCCAGAUUAUUAGUGAGAACAAGAUAUCUAACUAAGGCACCCUAACGUCUUUUAAGCUCAAAGAUAAACGAAAAUCAAUUCAACCCUAAUGAGGAUAAUGAUAUUAAGACCUACAGAGGCGGUUAAAGUGAGCCAGAUCAAGAACAUAAAUAAUAUCGAAGCACUACCAGCUAGGGCUCUGGGAAUCCUGAUUUAUCUGAGAAGGAUCGUGUAGCACAAGAAAUCUAGAAUAGCAAUAAAGACUGGAUCGAUAUGCAGAAAUAAACUAGAGAUGAUCAACCUUCAAGAUUAAAUUAAUUUAGCUCAGAUUCACUGAAGGAUGAGAAAAUAAGAGAUUCAAAUACAGAAUAAUCAUCAUUUUAGAAGGAAGAAUAUCAGAACUAGAAUGCUAGAAAUGUUGGGAAUCCUAAACCAGAGAGUGAUGGAAAAUAUGAAUAAAAAAGUGGAAAUUUCGGAGUCUACAAUUAGGGUAUGCAGCACGAAGAGGAGGCCAGAGUACGCUCAUUUGAUUAAGGAAGCAAUAAGAUUGAAGGCUCAGGAAUGCAUGAUUAGAGAGGUAUUGAAUUUUAGAAUCAACCCGAUAAUAGUAUCUCUAAUACUACUCAGCAAAAAAAGCUUAACCCCAAGACUAUGAAUUAGCCAGAUGAUGCAACGAUUAGAUAGGGGUAACAAAAAAUGACUGAGAAGAAAAAACCAGGGGAGAUUGACUCAGAGUUUCCUAAUUCCAAGGGCUAUGGAGACCUCAAUAAAUGA